AUGGACGACACACUGCCACAAUCAGAGCCUGCUAAGAGGAAGCAAGACAGCAACACUGAGCUCCUGGACUACCAGGUUCCUGCAGCACAGCAAGGAAAUGAGCGAUGCCAUGCUGCACAAGCUGGAGGCAGACAACAGUGUGUUCCUCAUGUACUACAUCACACCCAAGUCUACAUUGAGGUAAUGGAUCAUUUUGCACUGAAAGUCAUGGAUGGGGACAAAGUGCUCAAGCUACUUCUGCCGUCUAUUCCUUCCUCCCUUGAGCAGUUGAUGGUGGCGGUGAAGGAGCUGUGUUGCUGUACGGAGGACAUUAGCCUAAAGUAUCUGGACUCAGACUUUGAGGACUUCUUUGACCUUUCUUCACCCACCCAAAUUAAACACAAGGACACCAUUCGAGUUGUGCGCCCCACAUACAUCACAUUAAACAUGCAGAAUAUCAGUAAUGAUGAUCUAUCAUUUUUGGAUGAUUCCACAUCCUCUGCUGCACCCAAUUCACCAGAUGACGCUCAUUCCAUUGCCUCACAAGACACCGUUAUACUUUCCCCCAGCAGCAGUCCAGAAAGGGCACCAUGGCCCAAGCAUUUUCCCAUCCCAGUGUUUUGUUAUGAGGCUGAGAUGAUGCUUCAGCGAGGCAAUGAAGCCUUUAAGAAAGACGGGUCACGACUGACCAACCCAAGUGUGAAGACUGCUGUAUUGGAUGGAUUAUCGAGAGCCAUCUUCCAAUACACUGCUUAUCCAUCCGGCCUACAGAUUGCUGCAGUGGCUGAGGAACUUGUCAAGAAGCACCCAUGCCUCAGGGAUGCCAGCUCCUACACAGGCUACUCCAGCUGGCAGUACAGCAUUAAGUACAAAAUGGGCAACUAUAGAACGAAGCUCCGAACAAUGGAUAUUCCGGAGGUUACCUGCAACUCCUUGAAACACAAAGUGCCUGGUGAAAGAAAACCUGCUAAAAACGUCAAAAAGGCAAAAAAGUCUGAGGUCAAUUACCUACCACCACUGCCGGGGAAAGAAACCAUGGAGACCCAGGAAAUAGCAAGGAAAGAGCUCCUGGCUGAGGCCAAAAAAAAGGAUAACGCAAGGGCCAUCAAUGAACUCAUGACCAUCACAUUUCCUUACAGGAGACAUGAAGUAGUCAACCUGUGUCCCAGAGUUGAGGAAAUGCUGGACAGAUGGCCUGCCCUUUUUCAAACCUCUCAGAUCAAUGAAGAAUUCCGCCGGCUGACAACAAAAACUCUGGAGCCGAAGUUCAUGGCCAUGCUGGAUAACUACACACCAAGGCUCCUGGGUCUCUUCCAGAGCAAAGGAGGGGCCUUAGGGGAAAGACUCAAGGCUAAUAUGAGCCGUCUUUUUGAGGAUCCCAACAACAUUGACCUCAGGAGAGAAGUGGUCAUCUUAUCCCUGAUUGACUACCUGGGAGAAGAAAAAAAGGCACUGAUAAAAGAAUACCACUCAGAAGACCUGGCCCAAGAAGACCAGCAAGUGAUGAAAAUCUGUGUUGUCGCAGAUGAGGUUGGCAUUGUCCUGGAAGGUGUAAGGGUGAUGCGUGGUUUGGGAAACAUAGCAAGUGCAUGCUCUGCUCUUCUUGGCCUUACCUAUGCUCUGAAUCUGAGCUAUCCUAAGGAACUUAAACAUACGUUUGAGACCUUUCAAAAAAUCUUUCUUGAAGUGGAGGAGGGGAAGCUUUCAGGGAAACUACAUUCCCUGAAAAACAAACUGAAGUAA